GCUGAAGUACGGUGGUGUGAUCAUAGCUCCCUGCAUCCCCCACCUCCUGUGCUCAAGCGACCUGCCUCAGCCUCCUGAGCAGUCGGGACCACAGCGCGUGCCAUCGAGCCUACACAUUUACAUGUAUUGGACACCAGACCAGAAGCACUUCUGAAUUAAGAUCUCAGUUCUUGGAGGUGGAGUUGAAGAGCACUAAGAUCAGAAGAUGAGUGAACUUGACCAAUUACGGCAGGAGGCCGAACAACUUAAAAACCAAAUUAGAGAUGCCAGAAAAGCGUGUGCAGAUGCGACCCUCUCCCAGAUCACAAACAACAUCGACCCCGUGGGAAGAAUCCAGAUGCGCACCAGGAGAACGCUGAGGGGGCACCUGGCCAAGAUCUACGCCAUGCACUGGGGCACAGAUUCCAGGCUUCUCGUCAGUGCCUCGCAGGAUGGUAAACUUAUCAUCUGGGACAGCUACACCACAAACAAGGUCCACGCCAUCCCUCUGCGCUCCUCCUGGGUCAUGACCUGUGCGUAUGCCCCUUCUGGGAACUACGUGGCCUGCGGUGGGCUGGACAACAUUUGCUCCAUUUACAAUCUGAAAACUCGUGAAGGGAACGUCCGAGUGAGUCGUGAGCUGGCGGGACAUACAGGUUACUUGUCCUGCUGCCGAUUCCUGGAUGACAAUCAGAUCGUCACCAGCUCUGGAGACACCACAUGUGCCCUGUGGGACAUCGAGACCGGCCAGCAGACGACCACGUUCACGGGACACACUGGAGACGUCAUGAGCCUUUCUCUCGCUCCCGAUGCCAGGCUGUUUGUCUCUGGUGCUUGUGAUGCUUCAGCCAAACUCUGGGACGUACGAGAAGGGAUGUGCCGGCAGACCUUCACCGGUCACGAGUCUGACAUCAACGCCAUCUGUUUCUUUCCAAAUGGCAACGCGUUUGCCACUGGCUCGGACGAUGCCACCUGCAGGCUGUUCGACCUCCGCGCAGACCAGGAGCUCAUGACGUACUCCCACGACAACAUCAUUUGCGGGAUCACCUCCGUCUCCUUCUCCAAGAGCGGGCGCCUCCUCCUCGCUGGGUACGACGACUUCAACUGCAACGUCUGGGACGCGCUCAAAGCUGACAGGGCAGGUGUCUUGGCUGGACACGACAACCGCGUCAGCUGCCUGGGAGUGACUGACGACGGCAUGGCUGUGGCGACAGGGUCCUGGGACAGCUUCCUGAAGAUCUGGAACUAACACCAGGAGCAUGUGGACGCUGCGGAGACUGGAAGACCAUUCCACCCUUGACCGUUGCCGUGAGAGCGCACCCAUCCAGCCGCACUAACGUGGACACCCUGCACCCCCUCCGAACUUCAAAAGGGCAAGAUCUUUUCCUUCACUUAUUGCUGAAACCAAGAGCACAAUUCCCGUUAAGAGAAGGAUCUCUGUGCUGUAAACUAAAACAAAUUGUGCAUUCCUUCCGGGGCCAUCGUCUUCGUUUUCUUUUUUGUCUUGAAUGAAUUUUAAGAGGAAAUACUAUAAUAAACAUGUUAACCAGAAGGUAACCUCUCCGCUAGCUUAUCUGAAGUUUAGACCAGUGAUCCUGUGGGUGACAUUCAUGCAAAACAAGUUGAGGACUUUAUCUUGUAAUAGUUCCUAAAGUUCAAGUCAUGUUUGUGAUGGGAUUUUGGAAGCAUUCGUAUUUCCUUUUUUAAAUAUAUUCCUUUAUGUUCGUAGUGAAACAGAACCAGAGUCUAGGGCAGCCUCUCUGACAUUGUCACUCACGUAAAUUCAGUCCCUGGGUUUUUUUGUUUUUUUUUUUUUUUUUCAUUUUCUGUCUAUGUCGCGAUGAUUGUCACACACAAACAUGGCAUAGCAAAGAACGUGUUGAGAAGGGAAGUGACCAAGCACACGCUGUGUGAUCAGAGAGCCCUCACCUGUUCUGAACAGCGAACUCAGACCCGCACCCACUUCCCUCCCGCCCAGCCUCUCUGCCUUCUCAGUUAGUUUUCAUCUCACCUGGGGUUUCCUCGUGCAGUUGGAGGGAAGUUCAUGACAGCCUAACACUACCCGCCCCGCCCCCAACUAUCAGGAACCUGUUUUAAGAGAGAUGCCUGUCCUGUGCUCGGAUAGUCGGUUAUUUGUGUAUGAAACAAUGUACAAAUCAAUGUUUUGAAAAUAAUGAUCUCAGACUUUCUAAGUUAAAUUUUAAAAAAAAUUUGAUUGUUUGCCAUAUUGGGUGGGUUUACUCUUAGAUUCGCAUGCUGUAGAAAUGCUCAAAAGUGCAUAUAGGACUCAGUCCUUAGAUGUUCUUUUUCUUUUAAGAAAUAACCUCUUAAAGUGUAACCAUUGCAGCUCUAUCCACUUCUUGUUGCUGCUCUGCACACAUAUCGGAAGCAGUACAGUAAGCAGCUCUACACGCUUGAGUAGCGGGAUAAGUCACUGUUUUCUUUAUUUCUUUUAAAAAAAAAAAAACCAGUCCUGUUGCAAACGGUUGCUGUUGGAUUCUGAGGGUGGGGAGGGAGGCGGGAGGGGGCAGGGACGAGAGCCGCCCUCCCACCCACCAGUCCCCUGGCCUCUCCCCACAGAACGAGCCUCGGAUCUGAGGCCGGUCGUUUUUACCACGUCCAGAUUGUCCUGGUUCCACUUCCCAUCCAGGGUCCGGCAGCAGCGUUUGGACAGCAGCGUUCUGUGGACCCCCACCCUGCCCUAGCACCCCUCAUAGCAGCAGUAGUGGCUUCUCCAUCCUGUUCUGCGACACUAUACAAAACUGUGCUGUGACCGUGCGGUAGGCCUGGAUCUGGCAAAGAGAAUAAAAACGAAACCCUUCUUUCUCCUUCCAUCAACACCUCCGUAGAGCUCUCUGCACCCUUACCCUUUUCACCUUUUGUAUUUAAUUUUAAAGUCAGUGUACUGCAAGGAAGCUGGAUGCAAGAUAGAUACUAUAUUAAACUGUACUGUUAUUUAAGAUGUAAUAAAGCAGUUUGACAUGA